ACCCUCAGAGCAUUUAUACACGGGAAAGAUCGAAACUUGGGCUUUCUUUUUUCCAGGAAAAAAAUGAAUUCAUCUGUGUUGUACACUUCAAUUCAUACCCCAAGUGCAUUGUUUUGGAGAACCCAGUUUCCUUUUUUGGUGCAUAGAGAAUCCGAAGCAGAGUUUUGUUCUUGUUUGCGCAGUGGCUGCAGUUUGAGAAGCCAUGAAAAUGGGCUGACAAGAGUGAAGGCUUCUUCUGGGGACUCUAAAGCUGCAUCAAAGAGGAAGCUGAAGAUACUGGUGGCUGGUGGGGGGGUUGGAGGUCUGGUUUUCGCGUUGGCGGCGAAGAAGAAGGGGUUUGAGGUGGUGGUUUUUGAGAAGGAUUUGAGUGCUAUCAGAGGGGAGGGUGAGUUCCGAGGUCCAAUUCAGCUACAGAGCAAUGCUUUGGCUGCUUUGGAGGCCAUUGAUAUGGACGUUGCUGAGGAGAUCAUCACUGCUGGCUGCAUCACUGGUGACAGAGUUAAUGGUUUGGUUGAUGGCGUUUCUGGAAACUGGUAUGUGAAGCUUGAUAUAUUCAGUCCUGCAGCCGAACGGGGACUUCCAGUGACAAGAGUUAUCAGCCGCAUGGCUUUGCAACAGAUCUUCGCAUGUGCCAUAGGAGAGGAUACUAUCAUGAAUACAAGUAAUGUGGUCAACUUCAAGGAUGAAGGAAAUAAGGUUACUGUUGUUCUUGAGAAUGGGCAGCAACACGAAGGUGAUCUUCUAGUUGGUGCUGAUGGAAUAUGGUCUAAGGUGAGAGCUAAUCUGUUUGGGCAUAAGGACGCCACUUACUCAGGCUAUACAUGUUACACCGGAAUCACAGAUUUUGUUCCUGCUGAUAUUCAAACUGUGGGGUACCGAGUGUUUCUAGGCCACAAACAAUAUUUUGUUUCUUGCGAUGUGGGUGGAGGGAAAAUGCAGUGGUAUGCUUUUCACUAUGAACCAGCUGGUGGUGUAGAUUUGGCAAAUGGUAAAAAAGAAAGAUUGCUAAAAAUGUUCGAAGGUUGGUGUGACAAUGUCAUAAAUUUAUUAGUUGUUACGGAUGAAGAUGCUAUUUUUCGACGCGACAUUUAUGAUAGAACACCAUCCUUGACUUGGAGCAAGGGUCGUGUUACCUUACUUGGGGACUCAAUCCAUGCGGUGCAGCCAAAUUUGGGUCAAGGUGGAUGCAUGGCCGUAGAGGAUGGGUAUCAACUAGCUCUUGAGCUUGACAAAGCUUGGAGGCAAAGUGUUGAGUCAGGAAUUCCUAUAGAUAUCACCUCUUCAUUAAAAAGUUAUGAAAAAGCAAGAAGACUGAGAGUUGGAAUCAUUCAUGGGGUGGCCCGAAUGGCUGCAAUUAUGGCAACAAUUUACAAGACAUACUUAGAUGUAGGACAUGGUUCAUUAUCGUUCUUAACCAACUUUAGAAUACCACAUCCUGGAACAGUUGGUGGGAGAUUUUUUUUAGACAUUGCGAUGCCUUUAUUGCUUAAUUGGAUCCUAGUAGGCAAUGGAACAAAACUUGAAGGCAGGUCGCCGCAUUGCAGGUUGUCUGAUAAGGUAUGUUGAAUAGCAACUAAAUACUUUGAUUUACAAAAGACCUGCUGUCGCUAUUGAGGGUG